AAAACUUUUAAAUUAAUCCCUUUUCAGUUAGAAAAUAAUCAAAUAAAAAUGGAGUUACCACAUAUGGGUCAGCACUGCUCUGAGCAAACCUGUAAGCAGCUGGACUAUCUACCAAUGAAAUGUGAUGCCUGUGAGCAGUUGUUCUGUUCUAACCAUUUGCUUUAUGAUGAUCAUAAUUGCUCUUCGAAAUAUAAAAAGGAUGUGCAGGUUCCAGUUUGUCCCUUGUGUAGCGCGCCUGUUCCUUUCACUCGCGGUACUCUUCCUGAUUUAGCAGUUUCCGCGCACAUUGACCAGGAUUGUCGACAGAAACAAACUGAGAAGGUUUUCACCAAUAAAUGCAGUAAACACAAGUGUAAAAAGAAAGAAUUGAUCAAGUGUGUUUGUGAUUCCUGCAACCUUAACUUCUGCCUGGCACAUCGCCAUCCUAACGAUCACAGCUGUGAAGGAAAAUCCAUUGGAGCACGACGGUCAGCAGCUGCAGCUGCGGACAGAGUUGCCGCUGCAGCUGAUAAAAGAGCUGGCGCACAGUCGACACAGUCACGGAUUACAAACUUUUUUACCGGACCUUUCAGUCCAGAACAAGGAACUGAAAAUGGUCGAUCUGGUGUUCCAAAUCGACCGACAGGUAGCAGGCAAGCUGCUAGUGGAAGCCGUCAAGCUGUUGCUUCUCUGCAGAAUGGGAUGUCAGAAGAUGAAGCAUUAGCAGCUGCUUUAGCCGCUUCAAUGACUGAUUGUUCUAUGCAGCAACAGUACAGUACAGCUGCCUUAACUCAGGAGGAUGAAGAUCGAUUGCUCGCACAAGCUAUUCAGGAAAGUGAACGAGAAGCAGGAAGACAAGGACAGGUUCAAGAACAGCAAUCAGGAGAAAAGUCCUGUUCUAUAUCAUAGCCUUAGCAGCAAUUUUGGACAGCAAACACUUUAUAGACUAACGUUUAACUUCGUUUGAAUCACAUAAAAUUAUAUUGUUUUGUAAAAUUUUAUAUAUUCUAUUGUUCAAAUUUUGAAACAUAUUUUAUUCGCAUUCGCUGUUUGAGGCCGUAAUGUUUAUAUAUUCUUUUAUUUGUUAGAAUUAAAUCUGGGGUAUUUUUAUAUGCAUGUUAUUAUUAGUGAUAUUUAUACUUAGUUAGCAUUUAAGUUGAAGUUUUUUCUAUUUCAUAUUAACAUUUUUUAAUAUAUUGUGUUGUUUUUGCCCUGAUACAAACUUACCAGAUUUUUAAAAAAUUAAAUCUUUUUAUUAUCAUGUAUGAUUCCAGUUUCAAAUAUUUAUUAUAUUAUUAUUUUCCUUAAAUCUGCAAUGUCGCUACAUGUUAUACUUCUGUAUCAAGUCUUAAUGCCACAACCUUUGAAUAUUAUGUUACAGAGUGUCCAAAUAAACAUGGAAAUUAUAUUAA